GUUUACCCCCCCCCACCUGAACGCAGACUUGCGAGGUAGUUUACAUGCAGAGACCCCGGAGGCAUCCAGGAAGUUCUGUUCCAUUUGUAAACCUACCUCGAAGGACAAAAAAAAAAUUUGCCCCCCUCUCUCUCUCUCCCUCUAUACAUGUACGUUAACUUCACCACAGAAAGAAGAGAAAGGUAGCUAAUUUCAGUGGUGUGCAAGAAGAAGUCCUUCAUUUUCAGCAAUGGCAGAGGCGCCGGCCCGGAAGAAGAUGUCCACGUUCUGGAAGGAGCACUCGCGCGACGCCACCAUCGAGGAGAUGAUGCUGGACUCCAGCGCCCAGACCAUCACCCAGCAGGAAAAGCCGGAGAUCCUGUCCAUGCUCCCCGACACCGACGGGAAGCGGGUGCUGGAGCUGGGGGCAGGAAUCGGGAGAUUCACCGGCCACCUGGCCAAGAUCGCCAGCCACGUGACGGCGGUGGACUUCAUGGAGAACUUUGUGGAGAAGAACCGCGAACUGAACGGUCACCGCGACAACAUCAGCUUCCUGCAGGCCGACAUCACCCAGCUGACGUUGCCGGGCAACAGCUUCGACAUCAUCUUCUCCAACUGGUUGUUCAUGUACCUGACCGAUGCGGAACUGAUCAACCUGGUCGGCUGUCUGCUCUCGUGGCUGCAGCCCGGAGGCUUCCUGUUCUUCAGGGAGUCCUGCUUUUACCAGUCAGGUAACGUGAGGAGGAACUUCAACCCCACGGUGUACCGCCGGCCGGCCGAUUACAACCACAUCCUGACCUCCACCGUCACCGGGCCCGAAGCCGACGGGCAGCUAUGGGGUUUCGAGAUCGUGAUGAGCAAGUCGGUGCAGGCGUACAUCAGGCUGAAGCGCAACCAGAACCAGGUGUGCUGGCUGCUGCAGAAGGUGGCCCGCGACCGCUCGGCCCAUCUGGGCUAUCACACCUUCCAGCAGUUCCUGGACGGGCAGCAGUACUCGCGGAGCAGCAUCCUGCGGUAUGAGCGCAUCUUCGGGCACGGCUUCAUCAGCACGGGAGGCCUCUGCACCACCAAGGAGUUCGUGGAGAUGCUGAACCUUUCCCCGGGUCAGUCGGUCCUGGACGUGGGAUGUGGGAUCGGGGGCGGAGACUUCUACAUGGCCAAGAAUUACGGCGUGGAAGUUCUGGGGGUGGACCUGUCGGCCAACAUGGUGGAGAUUGCCAUGGAGCGCGCCGUCGAUGAGAACACACCGUUGGUGCAGUUUGAGAUCGGAGACGCCACAAAGAGGGUUUUCCUGGAGAACUCGUUCGAUGUGAUUUAUAGUCGAGACACAAUUCUUCACAUCGCCAACAAGGCUGAUCUCCUGAAGAGGCUCUACACCUGGUUAAAACCCGGUGGGAAGUUGCUGAUCACCGACUACUGCUGUGGCGAGGUGCCGUGGUCAGCCAGCUUUGAGGAGUACGUCCGCCAGCGGGGAUACAUCCUCUACACUGUCCCGCGCUACGGAAAGCUGCUCGAGGACGCGGGAUUCGUGGGCGUCCUGGCGCAGGACCGGACGCAGCAGUUCCUGGACGUGUUGGAAGUGGAGCUGCGGGAUCUGGAGGAGAACAAGGCCUCCUUCCUGCAGGACUUCACGGAGGACGAUUACAGCUACAUCGUGCGGGGCUGGCAGGCGAAGAUGUCUCGCUGCGAGGCCGGGGACCAGCGCUGGGGCCUGUUCUACGCCGAGAAGCCGGGGGACGGCGUGGGCAGCCCGCCCCACGGCGCCGGGGAGCGGAUCUCCGCGUAGGGAAGGGAAGGGGGGGAGGGUACCUCCCGCCUGGUACCCCUGCCGGCAGAGGGAAGGAGAACCAAUGGGCCAGCGGUGAAGGACUCGUAUUCAGGAUGUGAUUCCGUUCGUGCCGGGUUGUAAUCCCAGGUACUAAAGUCCUCCCUUUGCGCGCAGGGUCCGCUUCCCUCGAUGUGUCUGUUUUAAUGUUUGGUACUGAACUGCAGAUAAAACUUUCUCCAAAAGAAUGCAGUUUGCGUUCA